CAUCAUCAGUCACCGCCGACGAGGCCGGCGCACAAGGCUUGCUCACCACCCGUCGUCGCCUCGCAGGGCAGUGAUGGAUGUCGGGUCGAGCAAGACGAAACAGGCCAAUGCACAGCGCCGAGGGCAAAGCCCGCAAGCUGAACAAGACACCGAGCCCACAAGGGCAGCAGCAACGACAGCAGUAACGACAGCGACGAUAUCGCCUGUGGCCUGUGACGGCCCUCCUCCCCCCCCCACCUAAUGCAAUCCCGCACGGUGCUCGCUUUUCAGAUGCGAACUAAUUUUUUUUUCCUGGCGGUUUAUUUAUACCGGCACUCCCGUCGACACACAUUCGCCGUCUGCCCUUGGUCUCGGAGGAUUCCGUCGAUCGCUGAUCAUCCAUCGUCGAGUAUUGCCCAGCCAUGCAGACCGCCCGUCCUCAACUUCCGGUCCUCCACAACCAUCACGCUCGCCAGGCCCCCAUCUCCAUCACAAACCACCCAUCCGUCUCAAUGCCCAACCUUGCCGAACACCGCCGUCCAGAGCCCCAGGAGCGGCCCGCCCCAAGCCCGGCCUUUGAGAGCGAGCCUGUGUGCAUGUACCCCGCGGACCAGCCCUACAUUCACUUUUCGACGCUCCUGCACCGGUUUGCCCUCUACGAUGCCGCCGCCCAUCCCCAGUGCGGCGACCGCCAAGAACCGGUCGACACCGACUCGCUAUCCGAGACGGAUGACGAGAUCCUCUUCAGCGAUCUGCCCGGUCUCGACGGCUCUACAUUCUUUUUGGACGCCGAUGAUCAGUAUCCCCUCGGCGGCAUUACCACACGAGCGACCGAGAUCAAGAAGCGGCAUGCUCGUUCCGACUCCUUCGAGCGCGUUAUGGAUCGCCAAGGACUCUCGAGUAUGACCAACCAGCGAGUCAGUCUGACACCCCGGCAGCAGAUCCGCAUCCAACUCGCCAAGAUGCACGCUGCCAUCCAGAAGCUCAGCGCUGGUUUGUGAGCCACAAGCUUCCCUCU